CGAAAAUUCCUUUGAAACGAGACCCGUUUCUCAAACUUCGGACUUAAUUUCGUUCCUAGAUAUUUCUUAAAAUCGAUCCCUCAAAAGAACCUCCGGGAAAGUGCCGCGUCUUCAGAUUUGAUUUUGUUUCGAAACAUCCCCCGAGUCCAGUCACAUUACACAAUAGCCCUCUGAGCUCUACAACGGGCGGUGACCUUGGCGAUCGCGUGCGGGGGGGUACUCUAAAAUGAAGAUAAAAAAUUCGGGAGUGGGGGUUGGACUCGCUACAGGCCGUGCUCUUUGUUUCCUUCGCCCUCACUAUUAACGAACGCUACCCGGAGCUCCCAACGCCACCGCCAUUUCUCUCCCUCUCUCUCUCUCUCUCUCUCUCUACCUCUUCUAAGCUUUUCGCAUUUCUGGCUUCCCUCCUCCCCCUCCGGAGACUCGCCGGAUCCCUCAUGGCCGCCGCUCCCGCCGCCGCCGCCUCCGCCUCCGCGUCGAACGUCGUCGCCUUCGGAUCAUCCCGAGUUCCCGCCGAGCCGAGGCUCUCCUUUCCGCGGCGGCUGUCCCCGCUCGUCGGCGGAGCCGGAUCUCGUCAGCUCCGGACCUUCCCGGGCCUUCAGUGCGAGGCGCGGAGCUCGUCCGCUGCUCCUGGUUUUUAUGCAGUUGUCAGAGCUCAAGUUGCCGCUGUUGAAAAACCAAGCACUGAAGUAGCACAUAAUGUAGAAUCCCCUGUAGUUAUUGUCACAGGAGCAUCUCGAGGUAUUGGCAGAGCAAUUGCUCUGUCAUUGGGAAAAGCAGGCUGCAAGGUACUGGUCAAUUAUGCUAGGUCAUCACAGGAGGCUGAGGAAGUUUCAAAGGAGAUAGAGGCAUGUGGUGGUCAAGCUCUUACAUUUGGAGGAGAUGUUUCAAAAGAAUCUGAUGUGGAAGCUAUGAUCAAAACUGCUGUUGAUGCAUGGGGAACAAUUGAUAUUUUGAUAAACAAUGCAGGAAUUACUCGGGAUGGCUUGUUAAUGAGAAUGAAGAAAUCUCAGUGGCAAGAUGUCAUUGAUCUGAAUCUUACCGGUGUAUUCCUGUGUACUCAGGCGGCAUCUAAAAUCAUGAUGAAGAAGAAAAAGGGAAGGAUAGUCAAUAUAGCAUCAGUUGUCGGUCUGGUUGGUAAUGCUGGGCAGGCCAACUAUAGUGCCGCCAAAGCAGGGGUUAUUGGUCUAACAAAAACCGUUGCUAAAGAAUAUGCUAGCAGAAACAUAACUGUUAAUGCUGUUGCUCCAGGAUUCAUUGCAUCUGAUAUGACUGCCAAACUUGGGGAAGAUACGGAGAAGAAAAUCUUGGGGGCAAUUCCUUUGGGGAGGUACGGUCAGCCAGAAGAAGUAGCUGGACUUGUGGAAUUUCUGGCCAUCAAUCCUGCAGCCAGUUACAUCACUGGACAGGUGUUCACAAUCGAUGGGGGAAUGGUAAUGUAGACCCGUGAUUGGCAUUGCCUUUCGACGUAUUCCAAGCAAAGCUUUGAGUUCAAGAAUUCCUCAAGGAUGCAAUCAGAAUUUGCCAUGCUACAUCGUAACAGCAGCCUCCAGUAGUUUUGGGGAUUAAAGAUGGAGGCAAUGAAAGGAUUAAGACAGUGCCCUUUUAUAAUAGCGGAGAAGAGUGUUACCGAGACGAGAGUUGUCUAGACAGCAAUACAUUUCUGGGAGGAAUCAGUCGGAACGAGUGGCUAAGCUGGAGUUUUGCUAAUUGCUAUGCCUUUCCCGUUGUUCUCAGUUUUUUUUUAAUAUUUAAAUGCCAUCUGUUUUCACGUCCAAAUAUAAUAUCAUUUCACACGGAUCUGGAA